CUUCGAGUUCCCCCCCUAUUUUUGAUGGUUUAAUAUGCGUCUACAAGCAAGGCUAUGAAAUAAAGUCAUAUAGGAGAUCGAAAAGUUCACUAGUCUUAUCAUACGGCCUUCACAAUUUUCGUUUGUUUGUAUUCGUUCGUAUAUCGGGGCGCUUGUUUUGUGCCUGGAUUUCCUUUGUUAUAAUUAUGAAAUUCCAGUACAAAGAGGACCGUCCGUUUGAGAAGCGUCUAGAAGAGGGGCAAAACAUCCGCAAGAAAUAUCCUGGAAGUGUCCCAGUAGGUAUUUUUAAUAGGGUGAAGUUUUUGUAAUGCAUUAUCUCGAAUUCAUGCACUUCUGUGUAACGGUGCAUAACUUUAGUGGGUGUUUUUUGUUGCUGAAUCCCAGUUAAAUUCUGAAUUUUUUCCAGCCGUUGUCUUCUGCUGCGCAGCAGGAAUAUUUUUGGUCUGCGGUGAAAACUGCUUGGUGUAUGUCUGGUGAACUUUUUCAAGAAACCACGAAGCUUAGUGUUUGUAGUUUGUUGGCCACUCGUCUUUUUAUUCAUUUUGUUUUUAAGGCGAAACAUGACUAACCUCUGGAAAAUGAGUGCACUGAUCGAAUUUUGUGGUCCAGUGGGAGUCAAUAUUCAUUUCGAAGUAUCAAACGUCUUUAGGCAACAUAUAGUCAUUAUUCCCUAAGAAUUUAAGUGGAGCACACAUUAGGCAGCAUUAGAGAUGAACCAUGCUUUUAUUGUUAUUGUUGAAAGAUCACCACGUGCACGUGUUGGAAACCUGGACAAAAACAAAUACUUAGUCCCUUCAGAUCUAACUGUUGGGCAGUUUUAUUUUCUUAUUCGUAAAAGAAUUCAAUUAAAUCCAGAGGAAGCACUUUUCUUCUUUGUCGACGAUAUUAUUCCUCCAACCAGCGCUACAAUGGGUGCUCUAUAUGAGGAGCAUCAUGAUCGUGACCUCUUCCUAUACAUUGCAUACAGUGAUGAAAGCAUAUAUGGAGGAGCGGAGACAGGCGAAGGCGUGUUGUCUUCAUGAAGAGAACGGGGCAGCAGCAACAGCAGUUGGUCUCACUCAAUCAGUUGUUUGUUUUGUUUGUCUUCAGUAAUAUGGAUUUGUCGGAUCACUACUAUUUGUAUCAUUUUAUUUGAACUUUUUUUAGAUACGCUUAUUAUUCUUUCUUUCAUUAUCACUCCUUCUCUCUCUCACUCAUUCACAUACGUACAUACAUACAUAGACACAUACAUCUUAUAUAAUAUUCAGUCAUAUCUUCAGUGUCUUUGUCUCUGAUGAUUGACAAAAUAUCUCACAGUGAUUGAGAAUCAUGUGUAUUUCAGCAUUAUUUGUAUCAUUUGUUAAGUCUGGGGGGGGGCUGGGGUGGAAGCCACUAACCAACUCACUAACUAACCAACUAAUCUGUGGUGCCGCAUAUUGUGAAACAUUAUUAUUAUUAUUAUUAUUAUUAUUAUGAAGGCUGUUCAUCGUCAUUAUUUCAGUAACCUUGCGAAAAAAGAAAUCAACCAACCAAUGAAUAAAUAAAUAAAUAUAUAAUUAGUAAACUUACAGAUUGGUUCUCUGUUUUGCUUUUUUGGUUUGUUUGAUAUAUGCGCAAUCGAAUCCUAGUACUUAUAUAUAUAUAUAUAUAUAUAUAUAUGAAAUGUGUAGCAGUGUUAUCUUAUUUUGCGACUACAGAAUAAUUAUAACGACUUUAAAGUCUCAUUUUCAUGUUUGCUCUUGCAUUUUGUGUCAAAACACCACCUGCAGUUGUAUUGUUUGACAAGUUAUUAUUAUUGUAUUGUUAUUAUUACUAUUAUUGCAACCUUGGAACAGAGGGUAUUCAAAAGCACAUUUCCACCUUGUUCUA